CUGUCAGGCUGCAGUGGCCAACGUGCAUUUGCCAGUUCCGUACGCACAAUACGCUUUGGCUCUGGACACUGUCGCCUGUCGGUGUGUGUGUGGUACCGGGUACCGCUGUCCUGAUACCUAGUAGGAGUGUUGUCAGUGCCUCCGAGUCCUAGAGUAUCUGGGACCUACAAAAGGCGUGUAGGUUUAUCCCGCGCCUCCAUCUCGAGCCCGCGGACUACAAGAUGUCCCCAGUUGCUCCACUGAAACAGCGGAUAUACCGUCGGAAAGGCGGCGGCGGCGGACAUGGUGACGCAGACGGCGGCGACAGUGGCGGCGACAGUGGCGGCGACGGUGGUGGCGAUACAGGCGACAGUGGCGACAAAGGUGGCGACUCGAAAGGCGAGGACGUCCCCGUCUCCGGCUCGACAGACGGGGAGUCCGACGCAGUCGCGUACGAUGCGGGCGGAGGCAAAUCCGUGACGAUCCCCCAGGGCCAGCCAUUCGCUGGACGCACGAGUGGUGGCGGGACGCGCGGGGAGGUGUAUAGAACAUCUGAAUACGGCAGUGGUUAUCCUGAUUUGUCUGCGGGUAGCGUGUCCGGAAGAGACUUCCCCUUCGUGUUCUGGCCAGUCGUGUGGCGGAGCCCGGGAUAUGGAGCGCCGUAUCUGUAUGAUCCAGAGUACGGUACGCCGUGGAACACAAGCCGACCCGGCGGGCCGCUCGCCGAGGCGACCUUCACAUCCAACACGGCGAACAGCACGUUCUACGUGAUCGCGGAUAACAGCACCGUCACCUCGCUCAUCACCUCCAUCUCGAAGAACUGCUCUUCGUCAAUUGGUGGCGCGUCCUCGACGGUACCUACGCCGUUCAACGCCACCGCGUCCGAGCCACAGCCCGAACAAGCGGUACAGUACUACCGCGCGAGCAGCGUCACUCUGCUGCUGGACGGGUACAACAACACGGAUGCACUCGCGCCGGGCAGCGGCAAUGCGAGUGCGACCGCGGUGCCGCUGCCCGGUUGGGUCGACAGCAGUCUGCUUGAGUGCUUGAACGACACGAUUGGUGAGGCGGCUCCCCUGUUCAGUGGAGGCGCACCCACACUGGCACGGGUCCAUGUGACCAAUUUUGUUCCGAUACUUGUUAUGGGGUGGUUCAUGUGGAAAUUUUGCCGUGAUGUCUAGCAGACUUGGGAUUGUCUUUUGAUGGCCGUCGUCUUCACAGCUGAUACCCAUGCAACGUACUUAUUUUCCCAGUAGGCGGCAAUGUACAUCACGAAACCUCUCGCAUGCUACGUGAUUGUUCAGAUAUCUUGCGCCCCCACACCAUCCGCGAUAUUAAUCACUCACUGCGC